UUCGACGCAGGCUCUCCGGCUUCAGCUCAGUGCCACUUCAGCUCUUUAUCUCGGUUCAGCUGUGAUAAUCCUCACCGCAGCGCUGCUCUUAUUGCUGCGCUUUAAACGCGCUUGUAGUCCAGACCCGUUACCACCGGAAAAUAGUACUAAAUCCUGCUGUGUGUUAGUGUAAAAGUUGUAUAUGUACGUGUUUCUUCAUGGCGGUGUGGACAGUUAGUUAGAUAUAUAUUUAGUGAGUUGGUUAGUUAGGUAGUUAGUUAGUUAUCCUGAGGCGCUGUAGCCGAGUUUUGCGUCAGUGUCGGUGUACUCGGGGAAGAUAAACAUGGAUGACGGUCCACGGUGAUGGCUUUGGGAGUUUAGGCCCUGUCUGAUCUGCUGACUCUUUGUUUAUAACAGCAUUCAUGCAUUUGAGCGCCAGGCUCUGGAGACGUGACGUGCCCUUGUCAGAGCGGUUUGGUGAGGCGUCAGUAGCCGCAAUGGUUCCAGGAUCUCCAGCUACGGUGUCCCCUGCUGGGCCCAACAUCUCGUGGCUCCCUGAGGCUCCACUGCUCACCCCUGAUCAGCCCAUCUUCCUCAUGACCACCACAGCACAGGCUGUGUCCGGCUUCUUUGUGUGGACAGCGUUGUUGUUUACCUGCCACCAGAUCUACAUGCACUUGCGUUACUACAAUUCUCCAAACGAGCAGAGACACAUAGUGCGCAUCCUCUUCAUCGUUCCCAUCUAUGCUUUUGACUCCUGGCUCAGCCUUCUCUUCUUCACCAAUGAUCAGUACUACGUGUAUUUCGACACAGUCAGAGACUGCUACGAAGCGUUUGUGAUCUACAACUUUCUGAGCCUUUGUUACGAGUACCUGGGAGGUGAGAGUGCCAUCAUGUCUGAGAUCAGAGGGAAACCCAUCGAGUCCAGCUGUGUCUAUGGGACUUGCUGCCUUUGGGGCAGGACGUAUACUAUUGGCUUCCUCAGAUUCUGUAAGCAGGCCACACUUCAGUUCUGUGUGGUGAAGCCCCUGAUGGCAGCAGUCACAGUCAUCCUGCAGGCCUAUGGAAAAUAUCGUGAUGGAGACUUCAACGUGGCCAGUGGGUAUCUGUACGUGACCAUCAUCUACAAUGUCUCAGUCAGCCUGUCCCUGUACGCUCUCUUCCUCUUCUACUUCGCCACCCGAGACCUGCUCAGCCCCUACAGCCCCAUGCUCAAAUUUUUCAUGGUUAAAUCAGUCAUCUUUCUUUCCUUUUGGCAAGGUAUGCUGCUGGCCAUCCUAGAGAAAUGCGGUGCGAUUCCAAAGAUCAGCUCUGCCGAGGUGUCUGUUGGUGAGGGCACUGUAGCAGCUGGCUAUCAGAACUUCAUUAUCUGCAUUGAGAUGUUCUUUGCUGCUGUGGCCCUGCGCCAUGCCUUCACAUAUAAAGUGUACAUGGACAAGAGGCUGGACUCGCAUGGCCCUCUUCCAACAUAUGGACAGUACGGCCGCUCUGCUCCUAUGAAAAGCAUCUCGAGCAGUCUGAAGGAGACCAUAAACCCUGGGGACAUGGUCCAGGAUGCCAUUCACAACUUCUCUCCAGCGUAUCAGCAGUACACUCAGCAGUCCACUCUGGAACAAGGGGUCAAAGCCGCACCCCUCUCCCGUAGCCAUAGCUCUAUAAGCGCGCGGGACACUGAGAAAACCCUCUUGCUCAGCUCUGAUGAUGAGUUUUAGCCCCAGUGUAGACUCUUGCAAACAUCCAAAUAUAUGUAGAGUACUCUAUAUUGUCUCUAGGAUAGAUUCUAUGCUGCAAUGAUGUGUACAGGUAGUUGAGCUGUUUUAUCUUGGGGGACACGUCGUUACAGGACCAUGUGACAACUAGUCCAACGAUUUUACAUGUUGGAGUAUUCGAAGUAUCGCUGCUUAUUGUUUCAUUGUUAUUGACGUGGUGAAACAACAAAUACUUUUGUGGAAGCCUUUUGGUAUGUUCUGCCUUCUAAGUGGUUUCUUUUUAAAGUAACCCUUUUUCAGUUAUUAAAAGGAAAUAUUUCGUUGGCUUAAGUGCUUAUCAGCAUUUUUUCCACGUUUAUACUUGACUCGAUUUGAUUUUUUUUCUGAAGGCAUUUACUUAUAGAUUGACAGAAAAAAAUUAAACUCUGCAUACUGAAUUUAGGAGGAUUUAUAAUCCACGUAAUGUAUUUAAGUGAUGGUGAUCAAUGAGUUUGAGGUUUGUCUUUGUUUCCCAUGUUCAAGCUCAGCUCGGUGUAAGAUGGUCAAUGUUUACAGAUGAUGUAAAAGGGGUUUGAGGGAGUGAGCAGAAAGGGGUUUUACUAUCUCACAGCAUCUGUUUUGGCAGCUGCAUGGAGCACAUUGUUGUGAUUGAUGAAUCUGGGACAGAGUGGAGUUGCAGUUAAAAAAGCAUCACUUCAUUGGGCUUGAUGAGAUUACAGAUGAAGAGAAAUCUGCUGUUGAUUUGGGUUUGGCUGUUCAACAGACUGGAACAUUAGGUUGUAACUGGGCCAUUGUUUGCAUGUCAGACAUUAACACGUUUUCUUUAGCGUGUGAGAUGCUGAGGAACUGGCAGUUCUCUUGGCGAUAAAUCCGUUAUCUGGGUUAAAAAUGAAAAAAAACUGCUAUAGUUAUGCAGUUAAAUGCUUAAACUGCAAAAUUGUCCAGACUUGCAUCCCAAAUAUUUCCUAAUGAGGCAGUAAAGAGGGAAACUAUAAAUGUUUUAUCUUUGUACUUGAUUUUCUUUUUGUAUGCAUAUUAUGGCAGUUGACUUGGAUCCGACAUGAGUAGGCUUACUCGUGGUAAAUAGGCCCAUUAUUUAUUGAGGGCCACUAGAGGGAGGUAUCUUGUACAGUAUGAGGACCGGCACCUUAUCUCACUAGGACAUAUUAGCUGCUAUGGUAUGUUUCUAAGGGCCUUCCUGUUCUAUCGUUUUCUUCAUUUCACUUCUCUUAUGGUAGCACUACAGCCUUCCUGGCAUAGACUCGGCUUGAUGUGGAUAUCGUUAUAUCUUUUAGCUUAUCAUCUAGCAUUAGAGUGACCUUUAUGUCUGUCCUGCUCUUUAUUUGUGCAAUAGAGGCCAGUAUAAGUUAUCUAGCUACAGCAUUUGAGUAUGAGUAUUUAUGGUACCUGCUUUUUAAUAUGUUCCUUUUUGGUUUGCAUUCUUAAUAGAGGAUUUCUGGAAAUAUUGAUCAUUAAUGCACUAAACCCAGCCCAGUGUCCUAGAGGGAAAGUGAGGCUUUUGAGUAAUUUACCCCACUCAUUUAUUCAGGGGGCAUCCAAACAUUCUCUACAUUCAAAUAAUUGUAACAGGCUUUCUGUGCUGUAAGGAAGAUAAUCCCAAAACUGUUUUCGAGGGAGGUGGCACGGUGGUGGAGUGGGUAGUGUUGCCACAUCACAGCUCCAGGGGUUCUCGCCACGUUUGUGUGGGUGGCCUCCAAACUUCCAAAAAAACUUGCUGGUAGGUGUAUUGACUGCUCUAGGCAUGAAUGAGUGUGUGAAUGAAUAUAUGGGUGUGUCCAGCCUUGUGAUGGACAGGUGUUUCCCUGCCUUCAGAGGAAUCCGGAUCCACCUGGCCCCUGACUAGAAUAAAGUAGUAACUGAACAUGAAUGAAUGAUUUAGAGAUAAAAUAAUUAUUGUUACUAGGUAUGAAACUAUCAAGGCUAUCAGGGCCUUUUUGUACUAUAGGAUCUAUUUUAAGCACAGGUAGAGCAAUAGCGUGCAUGAUCAGGCAAAUGCUUUGAUAUUUUUUACAUUUUUAAUGUGCCAUUGUAUAUUUUCCUGCAAAGAUGAUGCUUCUAUUUUUCCUUGUGAUGUCCCUCAAAAUAAUAAAUAAGGAUUUUGUCUGUA